CAACUAGGCGUGCUUGCGUCAUUUCCGGAGCGGUGCCGCAGUACUACUCUGCGGGGGGAAGAUGGCGGGGGUACCGGCUUCGUUGGCGGGCAGCUUCAAGGGAUCUUUUGCAUAUUUUACAAUUAAGGACAGGCUGCCUCAAAUCCUAACUAGGGUUAUUGAUACUUUGCACCGACAUAAAAAUGAAUUCUUUGAAGAACAUGGAGAGAAAGGCAUUGAGGCAGAGAAGAAUACUAUAUCCAUCCUCUCUAAGUUAAGGAAUGAACUGCAAACAGACAAACCAUUGGUUCCCUUGGAUGAUAAACUCCCUGAUGUUCCACUGUGGAAUCAAUACCUAGAAUAUCAACAAAAUUUAUUAGAUGGAAAUGAACAGCCAAGCUGGUUUCAGUCCCCUUGGUUAUAUGUGGAGUGUUACAUGUAUCGCCGCAUUCAUGAAGCACUAGUUCAUAAUCCUCCUAUUGAUGACUAUGAUGUAUUUAAAGAAGCAAAGGUUCAGAGCUUCUUUGAAUCCCAACAAGCUAUUAUUGCCUUAUGCACUUACUUGCAGGAACUUCUUAAAAACAUUGAGGACCUAGAUGAAAAACAACUUCAGGAAGAAUUUUUUAAGCUGCUGCAGGUUUCAUUGUGGGGGAAUAAGUGCGACCUCUCCAUUUCAGCUGGUGAAGACAACUCUCAGAAAGCCAGUCCUGUAAAAUCACUGGACAACUUGAAAACUUCCAUCUUAGUGGAUGAUAUGGAAAGCAUUUGGUCACUGCUUAUUAACAGCAAGAAAAGAAGAACUUCAAAAGAAGUUACUAGAGUUGACAUAGUCCUGGAUAAUGCUGGAUAUGAACUUAUUACUGAUCUAGUACUGGCUGAUUUUCUGUUAUCAUCAAAGUUAGUUUCUGAAAUCCAUUUCCAUGGAAAGUGUAUUCCAUGGUAUGUAUCAGAUACUACAAAGCAAGAUUUUAAUUGGACUAUUAAACAGCUGCAGUCAGCUAAUAAUAGGUGGAUGUCUAGGUGUGGGAUAAACUGGGAGGGCAAUAUUAAAAAAGGAGUUUUGGUUUACCAUGAUCACAUGUUUUGGACUCUGCCACAUGAAUUUUGUAGUAUGGCUCAGGUUGCUACUGACUUGUACACUGAGCUGCAGAAGUCACAUUUAAUUAUUUUUAAAGGUGAUCUGAACUACAGGAAACUAACUGGAGAUAGAAAAUGGGAGUUUACUGUUCCAUUUCAUCAAGCCUUAAACAAAUUUCAUCCUGCACCUCUUUGCAGCUUGAGAACACUAAAAUCUGAUGUUCAGGUUGGUCUGAAACCUGGACAGGGUGAGCAGUUUGUGAAUUCUGAACCUGACUGGAUGAUAUGUGGGAAAUAUGGAGUAGUUCAGUUUGAUGCAUCUUUGUGAUUCAGCUGUGAGGUUGAUAGUUUACCUAGGGAUAGGUUUAAUUUGCACAGAGAGCUGUGCUUUUGCUGUUAAAUAUUGGGCUCUUCGUUUACUUGUUUCCUAUUUCUGGCAAGUGGCUUGUUACUACUGAUUUACAAAAGAUAAAGAUGUUGUGCAACAGUUUGCAAACUUUCCUUUUAACACUCAAGUUUUUAAAUUGUAGAUAUUUUAUGACCUAAAAUGUCAACAGAUGUUGGAGAUGAACAUGACUUCAGUUGUCCCUAAGAAUACUUUAUCUUUCAGUAAGUAAAGAGAAUUAAUGCUCA